CACAUCAGUGUAUCUGUCAUUUUAUUACUGAAGCAGUUUUGAAGAGUUUCUCUUUUCAUAUUUGUGGACUGAAACUGUUGAAGAUGUUUUGGAUUGUUUUGUUCUGUUUGUGUUUCUGGCGUCUGAAUGGUGCGUUUGGUGAUGAAGAGGAGUCAGUGUCAGUGAAGGAGGGAGAUUCAGUCACUCUAAACUCUGAUCUUACUGAAAUAAAGGAUGUUGAUGUGAUUCAGUGGAGGUUUGGAAACACUUUAAUAGCUGAAAUCAAUAAACGGAUCGACAGAUUCACUGUAUAUGAUGAUGUUCUUGAUGGGAGAUUCAGAGACAGACUGAAGCUGGGCAAUCAAACUGGAUCUCUGACCAUCACAAACAUCACAAUGAAACAUACUGGAGAUUAUAAACUACUGAUCAACAGUGUGAAAAAGAAAAAAGUUAAUGUCAUUAUCUAUGAAUUGAUGUCAGCGAUGGAGGGAUAUUAUACCACUCUAAAAUUUGAUAUUACUGAAAUAAAAGAUGGUGAUGUGAUUCAGUGGAGGUUUGGAAACACUUUAAUAGCUGAAAUCAAUAAACGUGUUGACAGAAUCACUGUAUAUGAUGAUGUUCUUGAUGGGAGAUUCAGAGACAGACUGAAGCUGGACAAACAAACUGGAUCUCUGACCAUCACAGACAUCACAGAUGAACAGACUGGAUCUUAUAUACUAGAGAUCAACAGUGUGAGAAAGAAAAAGUUCAGUGUCCGUAUAUCUGGAUCAGUGAAGUCAUUGACCGUGAAGGAGGGAGAUUCAGUCACUUUAAACUCUGAUCUUACUGAAAUGAAGGAUGAUGAUGUAAUUCAGUGGAGAUUACGGGAUGAUAAUGAUAAGUGGUGGUCUAAAAUUUUAAUAGCUGAAAUCAAUAAACAUGUCGACAGAUUCACUGUAUAUGAUGAUGUUCUUGAUGGGAGAUUCAGAGACAGACUGAAGCUGGAUAAACAAACUGGAUCUCUGACCAUCACAAACAUCACAACUGAACAUGUUGGACUUUAUGAACGAAAUAUCAACAUUAUGAACACUGAGUUCUUUCUCGCUGUCUUUGAUGAAAUAUCAGUGAAGGAGGGAGAUUCAGUCACUCUAAACUCUGAUCUUACUGAAAUGAAACGUUAUGAUUGGAUUCGGUGGAGGUUUGAAAAUGAAAAUACUUUAAUAGCUGAAAUCAAUAAACAGGACGACAGAAUCGCUGUAUAUGAUGAUGUUCUUGAUGGGAGAUUCAGAGACAGACUGAAACUGGACAAUCAAACUGGAUCUCUGACCAUCACAAACAUCACAAUGAAACAUGCUGGAGAAUAUAAACUACUGAUGAGGGUUUCACACAAAUACUCAUUAAAAGCUUUCAGUGUUGCUCGUCUGUCUGUUCCUGUCAUCAGUAGAGACUGUUCUUCAUCAUCAUGUUCAUUGGUGUGUUCAGCUGUGAAUGUGAGUCAUGUGACUCUCUCCUGGUACAAAGGAAACAGGUUAUUGUCCAGCAUCAGUGCGUCUAAUCGCCACAUCAAUCUCUCUCUUCCUCUGGAGGUGGAAUAUCAGGAUGAAAACACCUACAGCUGUGUGAUCAACAAUCCCUUCAUCAACCAGACUCAACAUCUCAACAUCACUCAACUCUGUCACACAUGUUCAGACUCUGAAGAAAGAAUCCACUGUUGUGGUCCUACUGAAGCUGUGAUCCGAUUGGUCCUCUCUGCUCUGGUGGGCGUGGCUACUGUCAUUCUUCUGGUUUAUGACAUCAGAUCCAGAAGAGCUGAACAACAUCAAGCACAUAUUCACACAUCAGAAAUCUAAUGGUGUCAUUACUCAUACUAUAUUUUGUCAUUUAUUGAUUUUCAUUUAUUUGUAAUGGCUUUAUAUGCUGGUGUUUAUUGUAUGUUAGGGCGGCAUGUGUCAAAAAUGAUUGUUUUAUUACCCUAAUAAAAAAUAUUCUGGUGUUCAAUAAAAA